AUGACUGACAAGAGCCCCACUGUCGCCAUACCAGCUGGUGACAGCGACGUCAAACCCUCGGCUUCCUCGUCUUCAGCGGUGGACCGUCUGAUGUCGAUUCCUCACAUCGUCACCUCCAUCAUUCAGUACGCAAGUCGUGACCGGCCCACUCUAGCACGUUUAAUGCGUUUGGACAAGACUUUCUACAAGGAGGUCGCACCGCUGCUCUACCACACCGUCGCAAUCUGGGAGGAGACAAUCGACUCAUUCUUCCGCGGCUCGUUCAAGCCGUGCGGCUGUGACGAGUGUCUCGAGCGCCUGAAGGAUGAUUGGGGCAUCGACCGCCGCGCCGACGGUGGCCUGACCGAAUAUGGUAAAUUGUUCAGCAAGCCUCACGGUUACGGCAGGUACACCAACCCCGCGCCACGUCCCAAAACGCCCCACGAGGAUGAAAAGGCUUCGAGCCCCGUUCGCAAGUCGCCUAAAGAUGAGCCGCUCCUCAAGACUAACAUCACUGAAAACGCCAAGAACGUCCAGAAGGGUCCCAGGGCAUCGGAGUCACAGGACGUGGAGGGCAAUCUCGAAGCUGUCGACGAUGACGACAACCCCGCUGUCACCCUGCCGAUCUCAAAGAAGGACCUUCUCCGCCUUGUCCGCGUGUUCACGCUGGGCAGUCACCACGAGUCUGGGUGCGGUAUUUACAGCAAGCACGUCCAGGAGUUCAUGCAGGGUGUCGAAAUCUUGCGUAUCCUUGAGACGCCCUGCGCUCCUCACCGCACCUUCCACAUCUGCGAGAACUGUCCCGGGGGUUCCUGCCCAAUCGUCGACGCUCUGAACCCGCGCAAGAUCGUCGUGCGCAACGUCUCGGGGCUCGAAGUUCCAUUCCCUGCAAUGUGGAAGGCCAACAGCAAGACGAAGGAAAUGGUCUUCGUUCUUCCAACCAAAAUGAUGUCGUAUACUGGCAAAGACAGUUGUCCCUCCGAGGGGCUGGUCAAGUCGCUCAUCGGCCAGUUCACAGAGGUGGACGUGAUCCGCGUUGUGUUCUGGCCUGACUGGGACGACUCGCUGACGCACCACCCUCUGGCGCGCAAACUGGUCGGCGACGCCGAGGCACGUGCGGUCCAAGCCGAGCUGGGCGGUAAGCCUCUCAGCGCCGACUAUAUCGCCACCGUCAUGCACGCCCUGACCAAGACGCGCCGCCUGGAUCCCUGGGACUUCCGCCGCCCCCGCGUCGACUUCUACGGCUUCUCGACGACGAGUCUGUCAGCCUACGGCAGGUCGAUGCUUGUCGAGGAACAUCAGAAGCAGAAGGGAAACGCUGCAUACGACCUUCACACACUCGCCAAGCAGUGGACGAUGCGCAAGGAGAUCGGCUUCGCUUACAACUCGGCUGGAGGCGGCUUCGUCACUGGGUCCUGCGACGAGGUCAGCUGGUAUACUAUCGGCAACUACGAGCGCAAGAAGUUCAAGAGUGAGAUCAACGAGUGGGAUAACGUUUAG